CGGACUUACCCGGAAAUGCCGUUGGAAACGCUGAAGAGUCCUGCAGCAACUCCAGAGCCCCGAGUGCACCGGUGUGUGUGUGUGAGGGGGUCGUCCUCUGUGCUGCACAGCCCCCUUCGGACGCACGGUCCAUUUUUCCCAUAUGGAGAUGCUUCAAAGUUCGCCCAGCAUGCCUUCAGGACCUUUGAUAAGAACGGCGAUGGCACUAUCGACUUCAGAGAGUUCAUUUGUGCGCUGUCCAUCACCUCAAGGGGCAGUUUCGAACAGAAGCUAAAUUGGGCCUUCAAUAUGUAUGACUUAGAUGGAGAUGGGAAAAUCACAAGAGUGGAAAUGCUGGAAAUUAUAGAGGCCAUUUAUAAAAUGGUGGGUACUGUGAUAAUGAUGAAAAUGAACGAAGAUGGCCUCACACCAGAGCAACGAGUAGACAAGAUUUUCAGCAAGAUGGAUAAGAACAAAGACGACCAGAUCACACUGGAUGAAUUCAAAGAAGCUGCAAAGAGUGACCCAUCCAUUGUAUUACUCCUGCAAUGUGACAUUCAGAAAUGAGCUCAUGUAAAAAUGCUUUCAUGGACUGCACAGAAGUUUAAAUGUUCCAUUCAGUUUGCAGCUAUCUACGUACACACACACAAACACACACACCCCAAACAGAAAUUGCUUGGACUACCUAUCAAUGGACUUGCUUCUUGUGUUUGAAACACUUGUGUGCAUGAGAAUGUCAAUUGCUAAAGAAUUUUAAAGUAUAUAUUAUAAAAACAAAACAAAAAACCUGCCACGAUGUGAUGUGUGCAAUGUCAUUUCAUAAGCCCUAUUCCUCGGAGGCCUGUGCAGUGGUGCCAUGCUGCACUGAACUAUACUAUUUAUUGUUCAUGUUUUACUGAUGCUAGCUAUGUGUCUCCUAAACUGGGUAAUGUUAGUAACACUGCAAUCCCCAUGGUAGCGUAACUGUCCAUUAGCAAACAUGUUACCGCAUCCUGCUGUAUAGUAAUACUGGACAGACAGAGGGAAAGCGCCUCAGUUCAUGAGUCUGAUCCAGACAUGUGCUUGUAUUGUCAGUGAAUAUAAAUGUAUUUCAUUUGCAUGACUUUUAGGUUUGCCUUAAUUCUUACCUCAUUUACAUCCUUUUGAUCAGAAAAAAAAGAGCUAAGUCAGAGGAGUGACGUAUAAAACAACACAUUUUAAAAAGCUAUCCCUGCUAAAGUGUUCCCUUAACUGAAAGUUAACAUAUUAAUAUAUCUAGUAUAAAAUAUACAUAAAAUACACAUUUAAAUAACGUUUUAUUGGAAGUUUAAAAUGUUUUGGUGGGAGUGUAUUGAUUUCUGCUUGAAAUUUUCAUAAGCUUCCAAAGAAGUUGAAAUCUAUGUCCCGAAAUAAAUUUAUAACAUUUGA